AUGCCAACCGAAAACGGGGAAUCUAAAAUGUUGGUAGAAGACGAGAAACAAGAUAUGGUUUAUCUAAUCAUCUUCCCACGAAUUUCAACAACUCCGCACCAUUGGACAAUGUGUUUGAAAAUUGAAAGCUGGUUAAAGCUUACUGGCAUUCGAUUUUAUCGUAUCUCCAAUCAAUUUUUACUUGGCUCUCCGGAUUCUGGGAUAGCUCCAUUUGUUCAGUUCAAUGGAAAAUAUUAUGAAGGAUUUGAUAAUAUAAAAGAAGCGGUUAAACAUUUAGGAAAGAAAAAGCUCCUAGAAGAUGAUAGGGAAAAGGAGAUAAGUUCGAUUUCUGAAAAUUAUUUAUUGAAAAUAUUAACAAAGGAUAAAACAACGAGGCAUCGAAGAAUAGGAGGCAAAAAAUCAGGGGGAUUGGACUAUCUAAUUAAAGAUAAUGGUGUCCGUGCACAAUUUUUCCAAUCACAUCCCCAACUUUUUGAAUGGAGAUGGCAAGAGAUUGUUUUAAAUAAUGAUAAAAAAAUUAAAUUUGAAAUGGGUUUUGAAUUUUGGAAUGAAUUUUUUGGAAUAGAGAGAGGAAUAGAAAAUCAAGAAGUUAAUGAGAAGGAAAUUUUGAAUUUCAUGGAGAAGCAUUUAGUGAUUAUUUUAGGUAGUGAUGUGAGUAGUGAUGGAGUUGGAAGUUCUAAUUAUUCGUAUAGUGACGGGACUGAGGGUUAUUCUCAUUCUUUGAAUAAGGAGAUAAAUAAUGAGUAUUUAUGGAAUUUGGAUGAUUGGCAACAUUUCUAUGAAUGGAUGGAUAAAUUUGUUGAAAAUAAGUUGGAAGAAUAUUUCACUAAAGAGAAGAACAGCAUGGAAGGGAAGGUUGGGGAGAUUAAUUUUAAGAUUGAUAAUAAUAAUAUCAUCCAUAUUCAGCUUCGAGAAUAUUUACAAAAACAUUUAUGGGAUCAAGUAUCUGAUGAAAAAAUCUAUGAAAGUUUUGAAAAAAUAAUACAAAAAAUAGUAAAUAUGCUUGGUUCUCAAAAAUUUUUGUUUGGUGAUCAGCCUAGUCUUGCAGAUAUCUCGUUAUUUUCUAUUUUGGUUCAAUUUUUUGAAGGCCAUCUAAAUAUUCCGGUAAUCAAGCACUUUUUCCUUAAAAAGGGUGAAAAGCCAGAAAGAGAGGACAUUGAAUCUAUUGGUAAAGCAAUAGUUAUUGAACAAGGAUCGAAAAGUAAUUGUGAGAUUGAGGAAGAAGGCCCAAGUUUUAUCGAAAAUUGUGGGGAAAUGGAAGGAAAUGAUAAAUAUAUUGAUAAAAGAAUUGGACUUCUUCAUAGUUAUGUCGAACGGAUGAAGGAGAAAAUAGGCCUUGGUUCAUUCAAAUGGAUCAACUUAACAAGAUACCCGUGGCCUUUAAAUUAUGAAGAGAUUGAUUACAUGACAGAUAAAUAUUCAGGCAAGUCGUUAAAUAGAAAUGAUAUGAGUUCCUUUGUUGAUCAACUCGACAGCAAUAAAUGGACGGAUAUUGCCAAAACAAUUUUACAUAAAAAACCAAAUAAAUGGAUAAAUAUUAAAAAUAUUUAUCACGGGAAAAAUCAACCCAAGAUUGAAGAAAUAGACAAACACUCCCGAUUAAUCCUAAAAGAAAUUCUAAAUUAUUUAUCAGUUUUUUGGCCUAAUAAGAAUGAUGAAGAUAGAAAAAUGUAUGGAAAAAUAAUUCUUCACUCAAUUGCUGCUGCUUAUUGCAAUUUGGGGAAAGGUAAAACUCUUGAGGAUGCAAAUAAAUGCCAAAAAAUGCAUAAAAACAAGGCUCUAGAUCUGAAACAAUAUGUGGUUGAUGAUGCUGGAAAGAGUGCCUUUAAUGAGAAAGGGGGCUAUUUUCGUUCAGCCCCAUCGGUUAAUACGAAGGAAAUUAAAGAAAAUAUAGAUUUUCACGUUAGAAGUUGCUUAAAGAUUGCUUAUGAAACAAUACAAAAAUAUAAUGAAAAUGGAAUUGUUAAAAAUGUAGAAGAGGCAAUUAAUAAAGCUUGGAUUAUUAAGAAGAACGAAGGAAAAGAUUCAGAUAAUAAACAAGAUAACCAAGAAAUUUAG